CGAGGAACCUCGAUUCCUGGCAGCAUAACAUGAUUCUUCAUAUGAUAUGCAGCAAGAAAGCACUUACGAUAUCACAAAUUGCCCAGGCAGCAAAAUGUAGCGAACGCUCCGCCACUAGGAUACGCAGGAAGAUGAGAUUAUUCGGCAGCGCAAGAUCUCCCCCAGUCCGUGUCGGCCGACCGCCGACCAUUACUCCCGUGAUGCUUGAUGCCCUCCUUGAUCACCUCACCAGAAAAACAAACCCUAUACGUUGAAGAGAUGGCCAUCUACUUAUGGGACGAAUUUGGUGUUCUGCCUUCGCCGUCCAGUGUCAAACGUGCCCUUGCCAGUGCCGGAUGGACCAGGAAGAAGGCCCAGCAAAAAGCAAGGGAACAGAAUCCUGAACUACGGGAUUUCUACCAGCAUAAACUAUCUGAGUUCCGUUCCUACCAUUUGGUAUUUGUUGACGAAUCGGGGUGUGAUAAGCGGGUGGGAUAUCGACGGAGUGGGCGAACGCUACCAGAUACUACCGGCAUACACACAGGACGGCAUCUUAUUAUCCCGCAUAUUUACAGGGUCAACGGAUGCUAAAUUUUUUGAAUCCUUUCUUGAGCAACUGCUGCAGCAUUGUGGGAGAUGGCCAGAGCCGAAAUCGGUACUUGUUAUGGAUAAUGCAUUGUUCCACCAUUUGGAUCGAGUCAAGCAGCUGUGCGCUGAUGCAGG